GUGGUUUUAUUUCCUCCCACCUGACUUUGUUUUGAUCGGUGAAGACUAUGUAGCUCUAACGAUUCAAACGACAAGCCUGUAAAGGCUGUCACAUUGAAAUGGCUGAUAUUAUUUUUGAGUCCUUUGGGAUACCAACAAAGUUUCUGAGACCAGUUUCAUCGACAAAGUUUCUGGGACUGGUAACAGAACCUUGGUUGUUGUCGCUGGUGCAGAGUGGACGAUGUCCAGAUGAUCAGGACGUAAAUAUCUCUGACUCAGAAAUUGAUGGCCUGCUGGCUGUGUCUAACAUUCAGACUCCACAGCCUUGGGUCAGGAUAUUCAUCAAAAUCAAAGAACCGUACUACAAACCUGUACAGGACCCUGAGUCGCCAGACUAUGAUCCAGUACCCUACACUUUACACGGACAUCUGGACAACAUUAACCAGAGGGUUUAUCAGGACAUGUGGCGAUCCGUCUAUAGUCAGUAUCAGGAGGGAAAACUCUCCAAUUCACAGGGUGUCCAGGACUUCUCUUGUGAACACAGAGUGAUGAGUUGUCUUGAUGUAUCCAGAUUUCUAUUGGGGGAGAGCUCCACUCCUAAUAUUGUCCCUAUCUACACAACAAAGGAAGCAGGACACGGUCUUAUUGUCAUAGAGAAGUAUAUUCCCCACUCCGUACACAGCCUCCUGGCCUACAGUCCAGCCAUUGUUAACCUCUCUAUAGCUAAACCUCUGUUCCUGUUGUACCAGCUCCUCAAAGUGAUGCUUGUGUUCCACAGUCAGGGGGCCAGGAUGGGGGACCUGAGUACAUACAACGUUCUGGUGGACCCCAAUCUGUGGGUGUACAAGUCGGCCGUCAGCACCAGACCUCAGGUUGAGGUGAAGAGAGCGGAGAGCUGUACAAACAUAGACACUGUCACUAACUCCAGGAUCGACAUCACAGAGCUGGAGAAGAUAGAAAACAUGGAGCCUGAACAGUUCCAGCAUUACUACAAUCAGCUGAAGGUGGAGCUGGCAGACCUUCCCUCUAUAGUCGACAUGUGGGUCAACAGAAAAAUCUCCAACUUUAAGUAUUUGUUGGUUUUGAAUCAUCUAGCUGGAAGACGACUAGGUGAUCCCAAUCACCACCCGGUGUUGCCGUGGGUGAUGGAUUUCUCUGGUCCAGAUACUGGCCUUCGUGACCUCACGGUGUCAAAGUUCAGACUGAACAAGGGAGAUAACCAGCUGGACUUAACCUUUCAGACAUUUUCCAGUGACCACAUUCCUCACCAUGUUCCCGAUGUUCUGUCAGACAUCACCUACUACGUCUAUAAGGCCCGGCGGACCCCAAAGUCCACACUGUGUAAAUAUGUCAGGUCAAAGUGGGUCCCUAAUGAAUAUCCCCACAGUAUGCAGAGAAUGCAGGAGUGGACUCCAGAUGAAUGUAUCCCAGAAUUCUUCACGGAUACCACCAUUUUUACCUCCCUCCAUGAAGAUCUCCCUGACCUUGAGGUGCCUGGCUGGUGUAGUUCAGCUGAGGACUUUGUGAGGCGACACCUGGAGGUUCUGGAGAGUGACUCUGUGUCUGAGGAGCUGCAUCACUGGAUUGACCUCACGUUUGGCUUCAAACUGUCAGGGUCAGCAGCUGUCCAGUGUAAGAACGUAAACCUUCGUCUGGUGGACAACCACACCUCCACCCUGAAUCACGGUGUUGUCCAGCUGUUCCAGGAACCCCACCCCCACCGGAUCCCUGCCUCUACCUCCAUCAAACCCACACCCCCGCGUCUGCCAAAAAACAUGUUUAUACUCCAUAAUUUACCAGAAAUGCAAGAAGAAAGUCAUUUAGACAAAGGUCAGAGCAGAGUAACAAAGGGCCCAGAGAAUGACCGAAUCACGUUACCAAAGAUGUAUGAUCCCCUCGCUGAUCUCAAUCAGAUGGAAGCUUCUUAUCAGUUCUCCAGUAGGACAUUCAAACAGAUGCCAAAGAAAACAGAGAUGCAGAUUAAGCCACACUUGGACUCUGUGACUGAUGCUAUAUGGAGGGAUAUACAGAGCUUUGCGUGUCUGGCCUGUGAGAUUUUUCUGAAGGAUCAGAUUCAGUUUCAGGAUAAAUCCUGGUCACUUGAGGAGCGCUUCACUUUCCUGUCUCAGAUUUACAGAGAGAACCCAAGUCUUAUACCAAGGUGCAUCACCUCCUUAGCUCAGGAGAUACUCCACUUACAUAAGCCCCCCGCUGUCAUUGAGGAUAUUGCCACCAGGGGGCACCUUUCUCUGUUCCGUUACCCUACUGUCAGUUCACAAGGCCUGCCUCCACCCACACCUGCCCAGCUUCUCCACCCGUUUGUAGGUCUCCUCCCUUUCCCAAGCUACUUCUCCCAGCUGUAUGAGUGUAUCUGUAACCUCAGACACAAAGACCAGGAGAUACAACAAAUCACCUGGAGGAAGAACAGCUCUUUAGAGAAGGACAAACUUAUCAAGGUCAUCUCUCGGGAGAAGGUCACCAUCUUGCAGCACUUCCUGGAGGAGAACCAGGGCUGCUAUGGAGAGGAGGGGAUUGAGUUGAUCCUGCCGUACGUCCAGGAACUCUUCAGUCAGGAGGACACUGCCAUCCAGGCAGCGUGGUCACUCUUCAAUCUGAUUGGACAAGAAUUAGGACCAAGGGAAACCGCCAAAAUAUUCCUACCCUACUUAGUGAGAAUCUUCAAUGUAGAACAGUCCACCCCUAAACACAUGAAGAUUUACCACCGGUCGUUCCUGGUUCAGCUACUGGUGAGGCUGGGUCUGAGUGUGUUCCUUAAUAACUUCUCCACUCUCCUUGUGGAGGCAGCAGCUGGGUACAGGGACUACGUGUUUGAGGACCUGUACCUGGACAACCUCUACCCCAGCAGUCCGGGGUCCCAGAGGGAGUCCACUAAAGAGUUACCUCCCCUGAAGGAAGAGAGCGUCAGUGACGAGGACUCGCAGACGUAUGAGGACACAGUUCCUGAGGAAGACAACACGGAGGACGAAUUCUCAGGAGAUUUCCCAUGUAUCCUCGAGGACGCACAGCAGGGGACAGAGUCGAUGGAGGAUGAGGAAGACAUAGACAGGUUAAGUGAGGCGUCACAGGAGGAGGAUGAGGACUCGGCUGAUAAGACCUCAAUACACAGCCUCGCCGGGCUGAUUGAUCCCGCCCAGAGAGAGGAAGCAGUCAGUGAUCUGGAGGAAGAGGACUCACAGAGUCUGCAGUUUCAGGAAGAAGAGGAGGACACAGACUCCAGUCCUCAGAUGAUUCCCGGGGGUUCCCGCAGCUCUCACCCCGCCGUGACGGGGAGUCAGGGAAUGGUCCGCAGCGAGACGGACGAGUUCGCCAGGACCAUGUCAGAGAAGUCUGAAUCAGAGGUCGUCAAUAUCAAGGACGUCGCCACAGAGAGCAUCAAGUGGUUGUCACGACGACUAGGUUGUUUGUUGACGGCUAAGUUUCUGUCCAGAAAUUUGAUUCGGAUGUUGACGCUGUGUUACCUUGGAGAUGAGCAACUCAUCACCAUCACAGAUUCUGAGAAGCGGUUCAAUAAGACAUCACGGCUUGUAUUUGGAGACAGAAAUGCACAUAAAGUUUUGGAGUGUUUGUCUGAAAUCUCACAGCUGUAUGGAGAACAAGUGGUUCUACUGCAGUAUAUACCCUGUACUAUAGAUAUGGUGACCCUGGCCAAAAAGAGACUGACCCAGAAAGGAGAGGCGGGGUUAAUUAGUGCGCUUGUACUAAUGAGACAUGUCCUACCCCUCAUCUCAGAUAAAAGUCUUAUGGAUAUACUUCAGGAGACAAUCAUUAAGGAAGUUCUCAAUCCGACCAUUAAACUGGUUUCCUCCCCCUCCUGUCAUUUUCCCGGUGGUAGCAGCAUUAGGACUGUGAUCUGUCAUAAACUGGUGGACGUGGUCUAUGUGAUUGGUCUCCGUCUCGGAUUCGAGAUGACCAGGAACCAGAUGACAGGAGUUCUGAAGGAAUUCUUCUCGUCAUUUAAUCAAGUAUACGGACAACAGAUGCUGAGGUCAGAGUCAUCUCAAAGUUUGUCUGAUUACAAACAGGGGAAAGGGAACCAAGCUGGAUCUUUGGAUGAGUAUUGUAACAUUAAGAUUGACUCUCACACUAACGAGUACACCAUAGGGACACCAGUCAGUAUCUCCAGUCUAGAAUCACCCCACAACUCAUUGAUGUUACGGAAAUCUCACUCACUCGCCUUCAACACAAUUGAAGAUAAAGAGGACUCCCCUGAGGGGAUGGUGCGUGACGUAGAAAAAGUGAAGCAGGAGCUGGCAGACGUCUUCAACCCUGAGCUGGCCAUGGCCUCCUACAUCCCAUUCCUCAGAAUCUUUGGCAAUACACACAUGGAGCAGUGUCUGCCCAAUGAAGAUCUCAUCAGACAGCUGUGUUCUCAGUACGACAUGAGUGUAGGACAGACAUCUCCAGAGAGUUCAUCAGAACCCACGUCACCAAUGGAGGAGUACAUUCCCUCUCAGCCUUCACCACAGCCCACGGCAGCCAUCACUGGAAACAAGAUAGAGGUCACCAACACACACACAGACAUGAUACGAUUCGGCCCCAUCCACCGCUCCUCUCGGAUCCUCACCCUAGAUCCUGAUGAAACCAAAUGUGAAUAUAAAGAGAGAAACAAGCAGAGACAUCUUAAAGGGAACUGGUUAGCCUACUGGGAACAUGAGCUGGGUUUGAGUGAGCGAGAUUCCCUGUUCAACUUUAAACAAAUCAAACUGCAGACAUUCGAGGGCCACAGCAGUAGUAUCCGAGCAAUGGUCGCCCUCGACAACGAGAAUUCCUUCAUCAGCGCCAGCAAAGACAAAACAGUCAAGCUGUGGUCCAUCAAAAGCUUUGGUGACGGCAAUGGCAGAUGUAAAUGCCAGUACACCUAUAAUGGACAUAAGAAGUCUAUUUUCUCCAUUGUUUAUCUGGACACUGUACAACUGGUGGCUUCCUGUGACAGCAAUGUUCAUAUAUGGGACCCCUUUACGAGUGAAGUAGUGAGAAUGCUGGAUUCCAAUGGAUCCUCGCAGCCGAUCACAGCCAUGACAACCCUGCCAGCUCCCAGCACCAUGAUCGUCACGGCAACCAACGAAUCCAUGCUCAGGUACCUUGAUUUGCGAUCAGCUGAGUUUGCACAUGAGUUCAAAACAUCAACAACUUCUGCUGGACUGAUUCGUUCUCUGACUGUUAGUCCAGACAACAGCUGGGUCGCUAUAGGAUUCUCUUCAGGACUCAUGUCUCUACUUGACCAGAGGACAGGGUACCUAAUGGCCACCUGGAAGGGGCACGAGGGGGAAAUCUUACAGGUGAAGGCUUUUAACAGAAAUACCUUUGUGUCGACUUCAUUUGACAACACAAUGAAAGUUUGGAACUCAGAGGAUAUUAAAGACAACUGUGUACUUAAAGGUCACACGGAGCCUGCCCACUGCUUCACGUUUUACCGAGAUCAAGUCGUCAGCGCCACAACGGGAAACAAAAUAGGAGUUCAUUCCUCAAUAGAUAAUCAGGCAAACUUCACUUCUACAAAGUUGAGGUCUGACACCUUUAAGGGAGUGUUGACCAGUUUAGCAGUUCUCCCACUAAAUCGAACACUGUUACUGGGGGCUGACAAUGGAAACAUACGGCUACUGUGUUAGAUACAUGUAAAUAAAUAAAUGUAAAAUGAUCAUUGUACUAGAGAUGAAUGUAUGUAAAUAUGUCUACUGUGGUAGACAGAUGUAUAUACAUGUAUAUGUAUAGGUAAUGUUUGAGAUACUUGUAAUUUUGGCUGUUGUAUUACUGAUACAUGUUAAUAUGGAUAUUGUGCUACCGGUACAUAAAAGUAUGGCUAUUUUGUGAGAUAAUUGUGGAUGUAUAGUAGAGUCUUUGAUGAACAUUGUACAUUUUUUAUAGAGCAGCCAUCUGUUGAGUUAAAAGAAAAGUCAUAAGUAAAUAAAUGGCCACAUUAUGUUAACAUUGUAAACUAGUACUGAGUUCAUCGUAUCAUCAUCAGAUCACCAAUACACUUAGUUCACCAAUACACUUCAUCCCAGAUGUUGUUCACUUGUUUAUGUUUUAUUUUAUUGUUUGUGAAGAUUUCAUGUGUUACAUGUAAGUGCAAUAUUUCUGCUCAAAGAGCAUUGUCAAAGUUGAUAUUGUCAGUCAUAGUUGUUUUAUUGUAUGUUUUUAUGUUGGAAUCAUUUUCUAUUUUUAUAGCAUAUACAAUAAAUGUCCAAGUAA